AUGCAAUACGUCCCCUUCGCCAGCGACAUCGAAAUCCCCUUCUACGCCUCCCUCGCCGCCACAAAGAUCUCCACCGACAAACUCUCCACCCCAGCCCGCCGUCUCCUCGGCCUCUACGCCAUCCAGCCGGCCGACAGCCCUGCCGCCUCCUGCCGCAUGCAGAUCCACGCCAACGCCCUGACCGACGACUCCCCCUCCAUCCCCGCCGGAGGCUCCUACUACCGCGCCGAGGGCACGAUCAAGAACCUCAACACCAUCGAGGAGUAUCGCACCAUCGACAAACCCGCGUUUCUGCAGCAGGCCGGACGGACGAUUUGGGAGGCGAUUAAUGAUGGGACGGUGUUUAGUUGUCCGAGUUUGUUGGCUGGGUUUGUGGUGGUGAGUUUUGCGGAUCUGAAGAGGUAUCGGUUUAGUUACUGGUUUGCGUUUCCGGCGCUGGUUAUGGAGCCGAGUUGGGCGCCGGUUGGUGGAGGUGGUGGUGGUACGGGGCAGGAAGAGGGGAAGGGUGGUGUGCCGUAUAAGAAGCUGACGGCGGAUGAGAGUACGGCGUUGGUGGAUCGGGUGCAGACGUGGAGGUAUGGGUGUGAUUCAAGGCAACAUGGGUUCUUUCUGGCGAAGAAGACGAGACGGCCGCCGCCGAAACCCAAACCGGAGCCUGAAGCAGAUGGCGAGGCUGGAAGUGGGGACGAGACAUCGGAAAUGCCCCUGACCCCGGGCGCAAGUUUGUCAUUCUACUGGCAGGUGGCAUCGCUGUCUGCUUACGAGACUGGAUUCUUCGAGGGCGAAUACUCUGAUGAUUGCUAUAUAUGCUUUGCAGACCCCUCAAACUACACCGAGCCCGGCCCAGUGGCUCCAGCAUGGGUGCUCCGGAACCUUCUCGCUCUCGUGCGACAGCGAUGGAAGCGAGACCGCGUCCAGAUCCUGUGUUACCGCGAAACACACUCUCGAAGAGAUGCCGCUCGGAGUAUCAUCCUCGACAUGGAGAUCCCACGACAAUCGCAAACAAAGCCGAAGGCAUCUGCCGACGGUUCGGAAUCAAAAGACCUGCUGGCACUUCCCAAGGUCGUCGGAUGGGAGCGGAACGCCCAAGGCAAGCUCGCUGGCCGUCUGGUCGACCUGAAAGAGUACAUGGACCCAACGAAACUUGCGGAUUCGAGCGUAGACCUCAAUCUGAAAUUGAUGAAGUGGCGCAUAGCCCCGAACCUAGACCUUGACAGCAUCAAGGCAACCAAAUGCCUUCUCCUCGGCGCGGGCACACUCGGCAGCUAUGUCUCGCGCAAUCUCCUGGGAUGGGGCGUACGCAAGAUCACUUUCGUCGACAACGGUACUGUCUCAUUCUCCAAUCCUGUCAGGCAGCCGUUGUUCAAUUUCAAAGACUGCUUAGAAGGCGGCAAGCAGAAGGCGCUUGUCGCAGCUGAAGCACUGAAAGAGAUAUAUCCCGGCGUAGAGAGUGAAGGCCAUGUGAUGAGCGUUCCCAUGGCAGGGCACCCGGUUGUGGAUGGUCCCAAGACCAAGCAGGAAUUCGAGAAGCUGAAGGAGCUGAUUGACGAACACGAUGUCAUAUUUUUGCUGAUGGAUUCCAGAGAAUCAAGAUGGCUGCCCACAGUGAUGGGCAAAGCUGCUGGGAAGCUAGUCGUAAACGCGGCCCUGGGCUUCGACACAUACGUGGUCAUGCGACAUGGCGUCAGACCAACAGAUGCAUCCGAGUCGAGCUCAGGCCAGAAGCCACUAGGCUGCUAUUUCUGUAAUGAUGUGGUCGCACCUAAGGACUCGCAGAAAGACCUCACACUGGACCAGCAAUGCACAGUGACGAGGCCUGGCAUUGCAGCCAUUGCUUCUGCCCUGCUUGUGGAGCUUGUCGUGUCGGUCCUGCAGCAUCCACAAGGUAACGCAGCGCCAGCGGCCACAUCGACGGACGACGAUCGAGGAGAGCAUCCACUAGGCAUAAUACCUCACCAGAUUCGCGGCUUUCUGUCGAGCUUUACCAGCAUGAACAUCCUUGGCCAGUCCUACGACUGCUGCAGCGCGUGCUCAGAACGUGUGUUGACGACGUACGAGAACGAAGGAUGGUCAUUUGUUGAGAAGGCGCUCAACGACAAGGACUAUGUCGAGGAGUUGAGUGGUCUGAAAGAAGUCCAGCGUCUUGCAGACGCCGCGGCGGCUGACAUCGAGUUUAGCGAAGAGGAGAGCAUCGAGGACGAUGGUGAUGGAGAGCUCAUCUGA